GAAGUGUUGAGAAUUGACGAGUCGUACUGCGCUUGAGAAUCGUUGUCUUUUCCUUUCAAACAAACCAAGAUGUCGAAGAGAGGACGUGGUGGUUCGGCUGGAGCUAAGUUUAGGAUAUCACUGGGUUUGCCAGUUGGUGCUGUCAUCAAUUGUGCUGACAAUACCGGUGCCAAAAAUCUCUAUGUCAUAGCAGUCCAAGGAAUCAAAGGUAGAUUGAAUCGUCUACCAGCUGCUGGAUCAGGAGAUAUGAUUGUUGCUACUGUGAAAAAAGGAAAACCUGAACUCAGGAAGAAGGUUAUGCCUGCAGUAGUCAUACGUCAGCGGAAACCAUUUAGAAGGAAGGACGGUGUAUUUAUAUAUUUUGAAGAUAACGCAGGAGUUAUUGUGAAUAAUAAAGGUGAAAUGAAAGGAUCGGCUAUUACGGGACCUGUUGCGAAAGAAUGUGCAGAUUUAUGGCCAAGAAUUGCAUCCAACGCUAGCAGUAUCGCGUAAAACAUCCUGUAUAAAUCUAUUAUCCUUAAUAAAAUAAAUUUGGGCAUUUGUCCUGAAAA